UUUAUAGUUUAACUCUAUGAUUUAGUAUAGAGAUAGAUAGAUAUACAUAUACAUACACGCAUGUGUGUUUAGUCUGCAAAAUAUCGAGAAUUGAUUUCACUCACUCCUACAUACUGAUUCAGAUUUGACUGACUGCUAGGCUUGUUGAUUAAGUACGCAUUGUAGCUUUGGGACCAUGAUAAAGGAGAACAGUGUUGGACGGAUGCGACGGCGUAAGGGUUCAAAUGAGGUUCCAGCAGAUGCAGGGCAAGCUAAUGGAAAGCAAUUUUUGGUUAAUGAUCAAAAUAAGUACAAGUCAAUGCUGAUUCGCGCUUAUUCAAGUAUGUGGAUGAUCGGUGGUUUUAUAUUUGUCGUCUACAUGGGGCAUCUCUAUAUAUGGGCCAUGGUUGUCAUCAUCCAAAUUUUCAUGGCAAAAGAGCUGUUCGGUCUGCUACGAAAAGCAAACGAAGACAAGCAACUUCCCGGAUUUAAGCAUUUAAAUUGGCAUUUCUUCUUCACGGCGACGCUAUUUGUAUAUGGUCGUAUACUUAGUCAGCGGCUUGUCAAUACCGUCACAACUGACAAGUUGUUGUACAAAAUUGUGGCCAACCUUAUCAAAUAUCAUAUGGUUACCUGUUAUUUCUUGUACAUAGCAGGUUUUGUAUGGUUCAUUCUCUCGUUAAAGAAGAAAAUGUACAAGUAUCAGUUUGGCCAGUAUGCAUGGACACAUAUGAUCCUUAUUGUGGUGUUCACGCAGUCCUCUUUCACAGUCGCCAAUAUUUUCGAAGGGAUUUUCUGGUUUCUUCUUCCCGCGUCACUGAUCGUUAUCAACGAUAUUGCUGCCUACAUCUUUGGCUUCUUCUUUGGAAAAACUCCAUUAAUCAAAUUAUCCCCAAAGAAGACCUGGGAGGGAUUUAUCGGAGCAUCGGUUACAACAAUUAUAUCUGCCUUCCUGCUUGCUAAUUUUUUGGGUCGCUUCCAGUGGCUAACAUGCCCCAGAAAGGACCUAUCAACCGGUUGGCUUCAGUGUGACCCUGGCCCGCUGUUUACGCCAGAGACGUUUGCAUUACCUGGAUGGCUUCCUGAAUGGUUUCCAUGGACCGAAAUACAUGUUUUGCCUGUGCAAUGGCACGCUUUGGCUCUUGGACUUUUUGCUUCGAUUAUUGCACCUUUUGGAGGUUUCUUUGCUAGUGGUUUUAAACGAGCCUUCAAGAUCAAGGAUUUCGGGGAUAGUAUUCCUGGACACGGUGGAAUGACAGACCGAAUGGAUUGUCAGAUGGUGAUGGCUGUCUUUGCAUACAUUUACCACCAGUCGUUUAUCGUGGCUCAAAGUGUAUCGGUUGGGAUGAUUUUCGACCAGAUUGUAAUGAACCUGUCUUACAAGGAGCAACGAGCAUUGUACGCAAAGCUUGGGCAAAUCAUCGGAGAUAAGCAGUAUGGCGAAUCUUGAAGAGUGGUUUGUAUUAUGCUGGACUUUUUGUAUUGGUCCUGCAUAGACAUAGACACAUACGCGUGUACAGUCGAUAGAAAUAUUUGUCCUUUGUUGCUUGCGUCCAUCGACCCAUCUCUCUUUAAGUCUUUAAGAUGUAGAUGAGAAUGUAGGCGCGCGUCUUUUGUAUCAUUUCAGGUUUGUCCCAUAAACAGAUUAAAAAAAAAAAGUAUACUCACUUUAUGAGUUUUUAGUUUGUAUGUCACUUUUGAGGAUGCUUACUUAUAUUGCCAAAACUCCUAUUGGAGGAUUGUAAUUUUUUAUUAUUAUUAAUUUAUUAUUAUCAUUAA